AUGGCGCAUGGCAAUCACACUGGAGUGUCGGUGUUCAUCCUUGUAGGAUUCAAAGACAGUCGAUCGCUGCAAGCUAUCCUCUUUGGGAUGUUUUUGUUUAUCUACACCAUGAGUCUAGCAGGGAACCUCAGCAUGAUCUCUUUAAUCAGGAUCGAGAUGCGGCUACACACCCCCAUGUAUUUUUUCCUCAGCAACUUGUCCCUUGUAGACGUCACUUACUCUUCCACUAUUGCCCCUAAGGCACUGGUCAACUUCCUAGCAGAAAGGAAAGUCAUUUCCUUUACUGGGUGCGCCACGCAAUUUUUCAUUCACUCCUUCUCCGUGAACUCUGAGGCUUUGCUUUUGGCUGUGAUGGCAUACGAUCGCUUCAUAGCUAUAUGCAAGCCACUGAUGUACACGCUCAUUAUGUCCAGGAAAGUCUGUGUUCAGCUGGUAGCGGCAUCAUACAUUUAUGCCUCCAUUAAUGCCAUUGUGCACACAGGCUCUUUGUUCAAUCUGUCCUUCUGUGGUCCCAAUAUCAUUGAUCACUUUUUCUGUGACAUCUCCCCACUCCAGAAACUCUCCUGCUCUGACACUCACAUGGGUGCCACUCAUCUGGAAUAUAUGGCACAUGGCAAUCACACUGGAGUGUCGGUGUUCAUCCUUGUAGGAUUCAAAGACAGUCGAUCGCUGCAAGCUAUCCUCUUUGGGAUGUUUUUGUUUAUCUACACCAUGAGUCUAGCAGGGAACCUCAGCAUGAUCUCUUUAAUCAGGAUCGAGAUGCGGCUACACACGCCCAUGUAUUUUUUCCUCAGCAACUUGUCCCUUGUAGACGUCACUUACUCUUCCACUAUUGCCCCUAAGGCACUGGUCAACUUCCUAGCAGAAAGGAAAGUCAUUUCCUUUGCUGGGUGCGCCACGCAAUUUUUCUUUCACGCCUUCUGCGUGAACUCUGAGGCUUUGCUUCUGGCUGUGAUGGCAUAUGAUCGCUUCAUAGCUGUAUGCAAGCCGCUGAUGUACACGCUCAUUAUGUCCAGGAAAGUCUGUGUUCAGCUGGUAGCGGCAUCAUACAUUUAUGCCUCCAUUAAUGCCAUUGUGCACACAGGCUCUUUGUUCAGCCUGUCCUUCUGUGGUCCCAAUAUCAUUGAUCACUUUUUCUGUGACCUCCCCCCACUCCAGAAACUCUCCUGCUCUGACACUCACAUGGGUGCCACUGUGCAUUUCCUCCUUUCCGUCAUAGUUGCAUUAAGUACUAUUCUGGUCAUCCUUGUUUCCUAUGUUUCUAUCAUGGUGGCAAUCUUGCGGAUCCACUCCAACCAGGGCAGACGGAAAGCUUUCUCCACCUGUGCCUCCCACCUGAUGGCUGUGUCCAUACUGUACGGGACUCUGUCCUUUAUGUACUUACGACCCACAUCCAGCAACUCAGUGGAGUACGACAAAGUGGUGUCCGUGUUCUAUACCCUUGUGAUCCCCAUGUUGAACCCCCUGAUCUACAGCCUGAGGAACAAGGAGGUGAAGGACGCCUUGAGGAAGACAAUAUACCAGAAAAUUAUUCCUCACUGA